UUGAUUGUUUUUGUUAAGUUACGUUUUGUCAAAGCUCUACAAAACAUGGGGAUCAUGUUACUGCUGAGUCUAUUCUUAAUAGCUGGUGUGUCUGGUACAGAGAUUGGUGCAGCUCAAUUUAUGUCACUGAUGGAAGGAGAUUCUGUUACUCUACAAACAAAUCUUACUGAAAUACUAAACGAUGAUACAAUAUUGUGGCUGUUUGGGCCCAACGAGACUAUGUUUUGUCAAAUAAAAAGAGUAAAAGAUUUUACCUCACAAUUUGUUACCGAUGAUGUGAAGUUCAGCAGCAGAGUGCAGGUGGAUCAAAAAACUGGAUCUAUCACCAUCAGAAACACUAGAAUCAGACACUCAGGGCAAUAUAAGCUGAGGGUCUCUACUACAGAAAAUACUAUUACCAGGAUAUUUAAUGUUACAGUCCUUGUUGUGGCUGGGAAGAUGGAUGGCGUAAAGUCAGUUUCAAAAUUUGUAAAGGAAGGUGAGUCUGUCACGCUAGACACUGAUGAAGAAAUCCCGAAAGACGCCCUGAUGCUGUGGAGGUUUGGAGAUAAUGCCGUUCUCCUUGCAAAAGUUGAUGUUGAGACCAAUCAGACCUCUUUAAUUGAAGAUGAGAGAUUUAGAGGCAGAUUGAAGGUGGAUCAGAUGGGAUCUCUGACCAUCCCAAACACUAAAACCACAGACUCUGGACUUUAUGAACUACAGAUCAGAGGCAUUGAGCGUUUACAUCGGUUUGUUGUUUCAGUCAGUGCUCAUCCAGAUCAAGGUCUUUCUUCGGGUGCUAUUGCAGGAAUAGUAAUAAUAAGUGUUUCUCUGCUGAUUGUGGCUUUAGCUCUGAUUUAUCUGUGGAGGAUGUUUAAAUUAAAAAAGCAACAAGAUCUACAAAUAAAAACACAGCUGUGA